GUUCCUUCUUCCCCUGCGCGAUACAACGAGACAAGGGGCAUACCUCACGGUAGCGAGACCAUACAAAGGGACCAGUGAUUAGAGGGCACUUGGGGUGGAAAUUGCACUGGGGAUCUCUCUACGUUUCUCUACUGCAAGGCGAUCGGAGGUUUUGGCUGCUACGAUGACUGCGGCAACGGGCGACCGCAAGCGCCGGAAAGAUGUCCGCCCCGGGGAAUUCCUGGCAUCCCCUCCCCUCCUGCUCCUGUCGCUCCUGCUCGCCUCCGCGCCCGACAGGGGGGGAUCGUUUCUCUAUCCGACCGGCAGAAGUGGCAGUUGCGACGGCGGCGGCGCCACAACCUUGACCGCUUCGCGCGACCGUCGCGGCGGCGGCCGUUACAACUUUGCUCGGGGUCGUGUAGGAGGCGUUGUGGCGAUCAACGAUGGCGGGACGGCGAUGAAGACGGGCGGGGGAGGCGAGGGGGGCGGCGUUGGCGGCGGCGGCCUGGCGGGGGCGAAGCGAGGGCGGGGUUCUAGCUCGAUGGGCAUGCCUUCAGACGAAUGGAGGGGGGCGCUAGGAGCGAAGGCCGAGAUCUCAGCACGCCGCGGAAGCCUCACCAGCCUGGCGUCGAAGUCGGUCGGCAUGGCAGCGGCAGCAGCAGCGGCCGCGGGUGUUCCCCACGAUAAGGCCGAGGGGGCAGGCGAUGGUGGGCCGAAGCACGGCGAUGACCGCUCGGUGUCGGCGGUGGAGGAGCGGGGAGUUGAAGAGAGGGUGCCAACCGCGGGAGAGCUCUUGGUGAUGGCCCGUGAACUCUACGACGAAAUUUUCGGCCCUCCUGAGGAUGUCCGACACGUGUGCGCCGGGUACGCGCCGGGCCGGGUGAACCUCAUCGGGGAGCACACGGACUACCAGGGGGGGUUCGUCCUGCCGCUGGCGCUCGAGCGCGGCACGGUGGUGUACGGCGUCGGCCGUUUGGUGGACUCUGGCGAGGCGACAGCGGAAGGCAGCGACAGGGGCUUGUGCCGCGUGGUUUCGCAGACCAUGCAGCAGCAACAGUCCGAGGACAAGGCGGGUAGGAAGGCGGGCGAGCUUGGCGGGGACGUGAGCUUCCGGGCCGACGAGUCUCUGGCGCCGGGAGAGCCGGAGUGGGCCAACUACGUCAAGGGCGUCGUGAAAGAGUACAUGCCGAAGGUGCCGGAAGGCAAGCGCUUGGAGUUCACCGUUACCGUGGUGAGGAGUGUUCCUAUCGGGGGAGGCGUUUCAAGCUCGGCGUCCUUAUCCGUGGCCGUGGCCUCCUUCCUGCAGGGGGUCCUCACGUCCGCUGGGGUCACUCCGCCGUCCCCAAAGGAGAAGGCGCACCUCUGCCGCAUGGCGGAGCACAAGUUCCUCAACAUGCCGUGCGGCAUCAUGGAUCAGUUCGUGACGUCCAUGGCGGUGCCAGGCCACGCUAUGCUGCUGGACUGCCGCAGCGAGGAACCCGACGCCGUGCCCCUGUCCGAUUCGAACCUAGUUGUCGUGGUCACCAACUCGAACGUCAAGCACAACCUCGCCGGCAGCCAGUACCCGAUUCGAGUGGCGCAGUGCCAGGCGGCCAGAGACGAGCUCCAGAAAAGCCACCCCGACGUGCAACUCCUGAGAGACGCCACUCCGGAGCAGGUGGACGCCAUAGAGGCCGGAGUAGAGGACGCGGUAUUCCGCCGCGCUAGGCACGUGGUGUCCGAGAAUGCUCGAACGGUUACCGCGGCGCGGGCGCUCACGAGCGGGGAUUACCAGGAGGUCGGGCAGCUCAUGCUGGACAGCCACAGGAGUUUGCGCGAGGACUACGAGGUUAGCUGCCCCGAGCUGGACGUCCUGGUUGAGCUUGCCAUGGAGGUGGAAGGAGUUUUCGGCUCGAGGCUCACCGGGGGAGGGUUUGGGGGCUGCACGGUAACUCUCGCGAAGAAGGGCUCGGUGGCAAGCCUUGUGCAGCACCUACGAGAAGGGUACUUGCGCGCCGUCGGACGAGACUGUUCCAGUUUUGUCACCAAGCCGGGCUUUGGCUCCAGGAGCUUGACGGGAGAGGCCGCUGCGACGGGUACGGCAUGGCCAGAGUAGGGAUGUCUAAGCAAGGCAACCUGCAGGAUCGGCUGGGCCUUGGCCAAUCACGAUCUGCUUUGUGCUGGGAGGGCUUCUGCGUCUCUGUGCCGACGGGCGCAAGGGGGCAAAAGCUACACGGCGGGGAAGGCCGUGGUACCAAUCGUGGAGUUGCUGGGGAAAUACGAGAAACAAGCCUGUUUUUCUUGCAUGACGCAUUUUUUUUCAUGUGAGAAUGGCCAUGGCCGACCCGAGCGUGAGCGAGAACCGCGUGGGGAGCAUAAUUAUGUGCACCAAUAACGGACGGAGAGGGGGGGGAAAGAUGAACUACCGUCGGGAGCUUCGGAGACAGUCACGCUUCGUGUACGGACACAAGACGGUUACUUUGGAGGUGGUACCCUGUUGGGGGGCAUGCUCACAUGCGGAAGGACUUCUUUCGCCAUCAUCUGUUGCGCAGAAAGAAGAACGCAGCUCAGCCACCACGCUCGCGCAUUAACCCCACGUUCCUUACGAGAGAUAUCGAUGCAAAUGCAUGUGUGUUUGUUGGAUGCUUCCGGGACAUUCUCGUACUUGAAGCACAGCUGCUGGCACGACACUGGCGUAUUUGGUACUUUGUCCCUCGCCUGAAGAAACCAUUGCUGGCCAGUACGAGUCAAGGUAUUUUCUUUUUUUAUUUUUGGGUUCGACAUUUCGUGCUUUGUUUUUCUUCGCGUGCGGUCGGUGUAUGUUCCUGUGGGUAGGCGCAGGGUUUGUAUCUGGAGGUUUUCAAACGAUCAUUCCCGAGCGAUAUGUAGAAUAUCCCAAUUUUAUCUGUGAUAAUCAAUACGCGAUAUGUAGAGCAAAAUUUAGUUGGUUGUACCGGAGUAGCUGGCGCGCUUCACAUAGAUGCUGAUUACCGUGCCGGGCGGGGUAUAUUGAGACUGGAAAGGUAAAGGAUAUGCCCUUCGUUUUUCUUUUUGGGUGAAAAUUAUGAUGCCUUUGCUGCCAGGGAGAUCCAUCAGCUGGGAGGGCCUUAGUAGAACUCUAGUGCUGAGUGGCAAGCUCGGCGUGACGCUGUUUUUUGCGUUAAAACGAUUGGCACUAAAAAAAAAUGGGUGGUGCUUGAAAACAAUUUUGAUACGUUGGGGGGGCGAAUGAAGUAGUGUUGCGGUAAAGGACGAGUAGGGAAUCCUGGCGUUCGAAGACUGGAAGUGUAAGCGUUGCAGGACUCUGUACGGGACAAGAGCAUUGAGGGCAGCGGCAACACAUGCGAUGGCUCGAACCUUUACCCUGCAGGGAGGUAGAGCUUGUCCAUGUCGGUGUGUGUGUAUACCGUAGGUUGCAUAAG